AAUUGUCUUAAAAUAUAAACCCUCAUUUCGAAAAUUAGUUAAAACGGACGAGUCAGCCGAGAAACCCUAGAAAUCGCCCGAGUCGAGUUAAUUCGCCACCUCCUGACUCGCCCGCCGCCUGCAAUGUGUUUCAACUUGGAUUCAUCUUCUCAAAAUCUCCGACCAUAAAGGGAAGGGAAGGGGUUUGAAGCUUUUGCAAAUGGUGUAAGCAAAUGGCACCACCUGGAACAACGGGAGCAGUGGACCCUGGAUGGGAGCACGGCGUUGCACUAGACGACCGUAAGAAGAAGGUCAAAUGCAACUACUGUGGGAAGAUAGUUAGCGGAGGGAUAUACAGACUCAAGCAACACUUGGCUCGCAUAUCAGGAGAAGUCACCUAUUGCGAUAAGUCUCCGGAGGAUGUAUCUCUUAGGAUGAAGCAGAUUCUGCAACGUUGCCGUUCCGCUAGAAAGCUGAGGCAGCCUGAUGAUGAUGAUUACAAUGCAAAUGGACCCUCUUGUCAUCAUCAUCAUGUUGAGGGUUUGUCUAGAAGAAGCAAAGGUAAGAAGAAGCAGCAAUCUUUUAGUCUCCUACGGUCUUCAGGGUACGUUGAUCCUGGAUGGGAACACGGUGUUUCUCAGGACGAGAGGAAGAAGAAGGUCAAGUGUAAUUACUGUGGCAAGGUUGUGAGUGGCGGUAUCAACCGUUUUAAGCAGCACUUGGCGAGGAUACCUGGAGAGGUUGCGCCGUGCAAAGCCGCUCCUGAGGAGGUUUAUGUGAUGAUUAAAGAGAAUAUGAAGUGGCAUCGAGCUGGGAAGAGACAGAACGUUCCUGAUGAUGAUGGCGGCCACCUGAGAGCUUUAACGGUCUAUCAUGAUCCUGAGCAAGAAGAAGAUGGAGAGGAGGAGGAUGACUUCUAUGGAAGGUUUAGCAAAGACAAGAGAAGAAGCUUUGAUUCAACCAACACCAGAUUAGUCUCUGAGGCAAGACCCAAGAGAACGAGGAUGAACUCGUUUCAGUACACUGGCUGCUCAAGCAGAGCCACCGUGUCGAGAAGAGAAGUCACUUCCUCCAUCUCCAAGUUCUUCCACCACGUUGGAGUUCCCUUAGAAGCAGCCAACUCUCUCUACUUUCAAAAGAUGGUUGAACUGAUUGGUCUGUACGGAGAGGGAUACGUUGUCCCCUCGAGCCAGCUCUUUUCUGGUAGACUCUUACAUGACCAGAUGUCGACUAUCAAAGGCCACUUGAGAGAUUACAGAUCUUCUUGGAUCGUCACCGGCUGUUCUAUACUUGCAGACACUUGGACCAACGCAGAGGGGAAGACGAUGAUCGGUUUCUUGGUCUCGUGCCCGCGUGGUGUCUACUUCCACUCCUCUAUUGAUGCCACCGAUGUAGCGGAAGAUUCUUUAAGCCUUUUCAACUACUUAGACAAGCUAGUUGAAGACAUUGGUGAGGAGAAUGUGGUUCAGGUUAUCACACAGAACACGUCGAUAUGCAGAAGCGCUGGAAAGUUACUUGAAGAGAAGAGAAAGAAUCUUUACUGGUCUCCCUGCGCGAUGCACUCCACGGAACUGGUUCUUGAAGACAUCUCAAAGCUUGAAUACGUCUCCGAGUGCUUGGAGAAGAGCCAAAGAAUCACGAGGCUCAUCUACAACCAAACCUGGCUUCUCAAUCUCAUGAAGAACGAGUUCACACAAGGGAUGGAUCUUCUUAAACCCGAAACCACCCGCCACGCUUCCAGUUUCGCCACUCUUCAAACUCUCAUGGACCACAAGGCCAAUCUGAGAGCCCUGUUUCAAUCCAACAGCUGGAUUCUGUCACAGAAGUCUGAGGAGGGGAGAGAAGUGGAGAAGAUUGUGUCGAGCGCUGCCUUCUGGAAGAAGGUUCAGUACGUUUUGAAGUCGGUUGAUCCUGUGAUGCAGGUGAUCCGCAUGGGAGGUGGUGACGGUGGCGAGAGACUGUAUUUGCCGUACGCUUAUGGCUACAUGUGCUGCGCCAAAAUGGGGAUCAAGUCUGUUCAUAGCGACGAUGCGAGGAAGUACGGACCGUUCUGGCGUGUGAUAGAUUACCAUUGGAACUCGUUGUUUCAUCAUCCACUCUACGUUGCUGCUUAUUUCUUCAACCCUGCUUACAGAUACCGUUCUGAUUUUAUGGCGCAUUCUGAGGUUGUGCGUGGAGUUAAUGAGUGUAUUGUUCGGCUUGAGCCUGAUAAUGCGAGAAGAAUCACAGCACUGAUGCAGAUUCCGGAUUAUACUUCAGCUAAAGGCGAUUUUGGAACGGAACUAGCCAUUGGGACAAGAACGGAGCUUGAUCCAGCUGCAUGGUGGCAACAGCAUGGGAUAAGCUGUUUGGAACUUCAGAGAGUAGCGGUUAGGAUACUGAGCCACACGUGCUGCUCUGUUGGCUGUGAGACUAAGUGGAGCGUGUAUGAUCAAGUCAGCGGUGAAUGUCAGAGUCGUUUCGCGAGAAAGUCAAGGAGAGAUCUGGCUUACGUUCAUUACAACUUACGGCUCAGAGAGAAACAGAUGAAACGGCGGAUGCAUGAUGAAGGACCACCGCAGAGUCUUAACUAUGUUUUGCUUGAUCGGUUGCUCCCGGACUGGCUCAUGACUUGUGAGAAAGAAGAGGAGGAGGGUUUGCAAGAUGAAGACGGAGCAGAGAAGGAUGACCAAGAAGAAGAGGAAGAGGAGGAGAAUUGUUACGACGAUUCUGCUAAUAACGUUUAUGGUGAUGGUGAAGACAAUGUUGAUGUUUACAACGAUGAUCUUAGCGACGACGAUUAGUACUUUCUUUAAUGCCUAAUAAAGCGUCCCUAACAUGUAGCAAGCAAUGUUGUAAUUUGAAUUUGACCGUUCUAUAUAAAAUUAAAAAGUUUAUCA